CGGCCGCAGAUUGCUGGGUUUCACGUCUUUCUCUUAGUGGCAGUGCAGCUCGUGGCUUACCGUUAUGAAGCUGUUGUACUUGUUGCAGGUUUUAGUGCUGUGUGCCCUGGUGUCUGCUGCUGCUGGCCAGGGUCGAAAACCGUCGGAUGCGGUUAUCUUGGAGAUGAGCCACGAAAACGACGGAAUGGGUCAAUACAGCUACGGUUUCAAGACUAGCGACGGGCUGGUGCGCCAAGAGGAGUCAGUCCUGAAAAACCCAGGUACCAAAGACGAAGCGAUCCAGAUGCGCGGAAUCAUCACGUGGAAGGAUGAAAACGGCAGAGAGUACAAAAUCUCCUACGUAGCGGACGAGAAUGGAUUCCACCCAGAGUAUAACCUAUGAUUUAUCGUGGACGUGACUCGAGUGACAAAACGAAUAGAGGCGGUGCCUGCCCUCAGUUCUCUUGCUGUAUACUGUCAUGCAGUCAGUUUCUUUUUUCUUUUGACGAGUUACCAUAUAGAAACCACAUUACAUUAUGUACUUAGAGGUACACGGUUACUGACAGCUUUGUUGCUAUUUAUCUUCUGAUUGUAUUUGUUAGAGCAUAGUAAAACUGAGGUGAUGCGAUCGCCGGUGUGUGAAAAUACACUUUAAUGGAUAUAUUAAAGUAAAAACAGCAACCA